AUGUGUUUAACAAAUAUAUCAUCGAUCAUGACCGAUUCAUCAUCUUUAAACAAUAAAAAUGAUGGGAUUUUACGCGUUAUUUAUGAUUAUACAGGCAAAGAAGAAGAUGAAUUAACAUUAAAACGUGGAAGUGUUGUAGAAGUUUUAUCAAAAGAUGAAAAAAUCUCAGGUUCAAAAGGAUGGUGGACUGGUAGACUUGUUGAUUCAGAAUCUGUUGGUAUAUUUCCAGCAAAUUUUGUUGCUAGUUUUGAACCAAAUUUACGUGUUAUUGAAGAAAAAGAUUUACAAAUUGGAAAUUUAAUUGGUAGUGGUGGUUUCGGUCAUGUUCAUUAUGGAAAAUUUGGUGAUACUGAUGUAGCAAUAAAAACUGCAAAAUCUUUAACAGCAUUUAGUUCGAUUGAUACACCAUCAUCAAGUAAAUCUAAUGAUGAUGAAUCAUUCGAUGGUGUACAAAGAAAACUUAUUGAUGGACUUUUACGUGAAGCAUGUCUCUUUUCUAAUCUUCGACAUUCAAAUAUUAUUAAAUUAUUUGGUGUUAGUCCAUCAAUAUCAAGAAGAAAUCUUUAUCUUGUUAUGGAAUAUGCACAUGGUGGAGCAUUAAAUUAUCUAUUACAAAGAAGAAAAUCUGGUCUAUAUCCAAAUGUAUUUAUUCAAUAUGCUAGACAAAUAGCUGAUGGAAUGAAAUAUUUACAUGAAGAAGCACCAGAACAUAUUAUUCAUCGAGAUUUAAAAUGUUCAAAUGUUCUUAUUAUUGAAGCACUUGAAAAUAUUCAUAAUGAUAGUGAACUUUUAAAUAAAACAUUAAAAAUAACAGAUUUUGGUCUUGCAAGAAAACAAAUACAAUCAUCAAGCAUGUCAGCUGCUGGAACAUUUCCUUGGAUGAGUCCAGAAUGUAUUCGUAACAAUGAAUUUUCAACGAAAUCUGAUGUUUGGAGUUUUGGUGUUCUUCUUUGGGAAUGUCUAACAGGAGAAAUUCCUUACAAAGGUUUUGAUCAAAUGCAAGUUGCUUUUGGUAUAGCUACUAAUAGAUAUUCUCUACCUAUACCAAGUACAUGUCCAGAAGAAUUUUCACAAUUAAUGAAAGAUUGUUGGCAACUUGCUCCACAAGAUCGACCAACAUUCAGUGAAUUAUGUGAGCAAAUUAAUAAAAUUAUUGAAAUUAAUUAUACAAAUAAUCAAUUGAAUAAUAUGGAACCAAAUGAAGAAACUUAUUCAUCAUUACAACAAGAUUGGCGUAAAGAAAUUGAAGAUAUUUUUGAAGAAUUAAAAACUAAAGAACAAGAAAUUCGUGAUCGUGAGCAAGCAAUGCUUCAAUUAACAAUUCAACAAAGUCAUCAACGAAUGCGAUUACAAAAAUGGGAACAAGAAUUACAUGAACGUGAAAUGCAAAUUAUUGAACGUGAACUAAAAUUAUUAAUGUCAACUGAUAAUCAAGAACGUCUCUAUCAACAAACACCAAAAGUACAAAAACGUUCAGAACAUUUUGGACGUGCACUUAUACAUGCAGCACUUAAUGGUUCUUCUGCACUUUCAACAACUACUGCUGCAAAUUUAAUUAGUGCUCCAACAAAUUUUCGUCAUUUAGUAUCUAUAUGUCGUGAACAUAAUUUACAUCAUUAUCCAGCAAUUGAUUGUGAUUCAUCCUCAACUAUUCCUAAUACUACAUCAGCAUCAUCGUCAACACAAUUAUCAUGUUCAACAAAUAAUAUACUUUCAUCAAAUUCAACAACAAGACUCUUAGAUUCUGAUUCAUCCAAUGCUCAGCAUACUGCACCUGAUGCAUAUACAAGUCAUAGUACACCAACAACACCGAAUUUAAGUCGACUUCGAACAUUAACCUCAAGUGGAGAUCUUAUUAUAAAUAAAAUUGAUGAUGAAGAACCUCUAAUAAUCAAUGAUGUUCAUGCUCCAAUUAUAUCUGAUGAGUUUGAUAAUAAUACAAAUGAAAAACUUCCUGAAAAAUCACGUUCUUCAUCAACUAGUCAAACUAAAAUAGUAUCAAAACUAAAACAUCCACAUUGGCAUAAGGCUAAAGCAUGGUCGCCAUCAUCAUCAACAAUAAAACGAAAACCUGGAAAAAGCAAUGCACGUCUUGGCGAAUCUAAAUGGUAUAUAGAACCUCUAUCAUCUAUGAAUUCAAAUAAUGAUACUACAACAAUAUCGAGUACAAAUUCAACUCCAACUAUUGAUCGAUCAACACAACAAUUAGAUUCCUCUUCUUCUUCAACAUGCUCAACACCAAAUGAUCGUUCAUUACUUCGUGGUAUUUUUGAUAUUAAUUCUAUGUUAAUUUCUAUUGGACUUGGUCGACCUCCACCUGCUCGAUUGAAUUUUUCCGAAUUUAUCUUAUCUACACCUUCUUUUUAUACUUCAUCAUCUUCUUCUUCCACUACAACAAUAAAAAGCAUUGUUAAUAAAACAAUGCUUCGUUCAACAAGUGAAACAGCAAAUGGACAAAAUCCAUCACUAUCAUCUUCGACUAAUACAACUCCAUCUCCAUUAAUUAAAAAACAACAUAAACGAGCUUGUUCAUCACCUAUAACAGAUACUCUUGCUCAAACAAAUGGAUCUCCAAACAUGGGUUAUCGAGCAGGACCUUGUUAUUCAACUAUUCGACCUAAUUGUCUUAUACUUUCUUCUAAACCACCAGCAUUAUCUUCAGCGAUACCAAAUAUCAGUCAAUCGGAUUCACACUUAGUUGAUAGUCACUUUAGUCAUAGAAAUGAAACUACAACAAUAAACAAUUCAAAACAAAAAAAUAAAAAAAUAACUCAUAAUAAUAGUGAAACAUUUCGUUCAACGCAAUCAUCUGAAAUAUGUCCACCAAUGACACACUCAAUUAUUUCAUCAUUGAAUAUGUCGACUUCUCAACCACAAUUAAAUUUUUCUCAUAUACUUGAUAUUGAUAGUGAAGAACAAAGACAACAUGAAGCCGGAGUUUUAACACCAGACAUUGAUAAAAAAGAAGUAUAUGAAUCACAUUAA